AUGUCACCUAUAGGUCAGACGCCGUCUCACGCUCAAGACUGUUAUCCCAAUAAGCGGCCUCGUUGGGGCACGACUGCCGAACCUAGUCAGACAAAUUUAGAGAGCUUCCAGAAAGUGGGUGGUGUCCAAGCACAGCCGGAAUUACUGCAUGACAAUCCGGGCUCCGGCAGCUCUCAAACCCGGGAGCAAGACCGAAUAGACCCAUUCACGUUCAAUACGGAUUUCUCGCUUGCCAUAUGCAAAAGAUGUCGGUAUGUCGUUGUCGGCGAUGAGGUCUAUACACAUCUAAGAACCCAACAUCAAGGCAUCAAAGUAGCAGAGAGAAAGCGGAUUACACGCUGCAUACAGUCACUGGAUGGGAUAGUCCGGAGCCAAACCGACCUAGCGAAGGUCCGUUGUCCACCGCCAACGAGUAAUCCAAUACCCCACCUUGCGCCGGCCGUCACAGAUGGCAUACAAUGCCACAAUUGUGGAUAUUUAUAUCGUAGGGUAAGUGUGAUGCAGCGACACUGUCGUGAAGAGCAUAACUGGGUAAAUGAUUACGAAAAAGGCGGCGAUAUAAGAAGGAAGCUAAGCGAGGCCCGGGAAACUCCGUGGACAGUCAGAAUUCAGUGCCAACGGUUCGCCACCUCGCGUUGUGGCCAACGCUGGUUCGAGGUAGGCCGUAACAGAGGAAUAGUGCAGAUAGACUCAUAA